CGCAGAACAACAACAACACAUGUGAGUGAAGCUGCUGCAGAGUCGCGAUGUUUUUGGAUUUAAAAGCUAAAGUUGGAGAAGUUUUGUUACCGGGAGAUGAAUUUUCCUUCGAAACAGACGACACCAUCUCCCUAACGGAUCACGCUAAACCGGAGAAGGUGGUGUGUGGUCCGGGUCUGCGGCGGAGCGGAGACCGGCUGGUGGUGUGCAAGAGCGGCAUCCUCCGACACAAACAGCCCAACAUGUUCUGGGUCGAUUCGCAGCAGAGGAGGUAUGUCCCAGCUAAAGGGGAGACCGUCAUCGGCAUUGUGACAGCUAAAUCAGGAGACGUCUUCAAGGUGGACUUUGGAGGAAGUGAGCAGGCGUCUUUGUCCUAUCUGGCAUUUGAGGGAGCCACCAAGAGGAACCGGCCCAACGUCCAGGUGGGGGACUUGGUGUUCUCUCAGUUCAUCAUCGCCAACAAGGACAUGGAGCCGGAGCUGGUCUGUAUGGACAGUUCAGGUCGGGCCAAUGGGAUGGGAGUGUUUGGAGCAGGCGGUCUGCUCUUCACGGUGUCCCUGGGACUCGUCAGAAGACUUUUGGCGCCUCACAGUGAGAUCCUGUCCGACCUGCAGCAGCUGUUCCCGUGCGAGCUGGUGGUCGGGAUGAACGGUCGCCUGUGGGUGAAGUCCGCCAGCAUCCAGCAGACACUCGUCAUCGCCAACCUGCUGCAGAGCUGCGACACCAUGACGGCGCAGCAGAGACAGCAGCUGUUCAGGAGGGUGGCACAGGGGACGCUGUAGACCACGUCAGACCACGUCAGACCACGUCAGACCACGUCAGACCACAUACUGCAGCUGACCUGCUGCAGGAUGAAGCAGGUGAGCAGUUUUCAGGCGGGACGUGCUGCAGCUGCUGGUUAAACAAACUCUAAAUCUCUGAACUGUUUGUUCUCGAGCUUAAAGGAGCAUUUCACCGAUUUUACAUCCCUGCAGAAAACACACAAAAACAUGAUGUUCUUUUUAGAAAUGUUGCUGCAGAUUUUCUUCAGUCAAACACAGUCAGAUGUUUUGUAAAAGCAGCUGCAGUUUAAUGCAGGCUCGUGUGUUGUACAGUUAUUAUUUUAGCUGUUUUCUAACAUGGUUUAUAUUUGUACUAAAAUUUAAGACGGAUUUAACUGUAUUAUUGUGUGAAGAUCAAAAGUGCAGCCGAACUAUAAACGACAAAACACA